AGAAUUGCAAGCCCUGUCCGUUCUUGCCCGUCUGUCUCUCUACCUGUCUGGUUGUCUGUCUGACUGCCAUUAUUUUCCCCUCCCACGCCCGCGACGGUUGGAUCAUUUUGAAAAUUUUCAAGAUCCUCCUGCCGUUCGCGCAGUCCCGUCGGGUGUUACUACUUAGGGUUGCUGUUUCUCAUGCGACGAUUAACUUCCGCCAACAAAGACUUUGCACUUCUGUCGACCCACAACAACAUACAUCCAUCCAUCCAUCCAUUAUCCGUCUGAGCACACGCAGCUGGAGCUUUACCAAUCAGCCUUGCAAGCCGCCAUUCGAAUCAAAAGCACCUUGUAAUAAAGAAGAAGAAGAAAGAAAGAAAAAGAUUGCAGCCACAACACUCCUUUUUUGGACGAUUCAUCAGCUUCUUGGAUUGCAGGACGUGGAUAGUCGAACGCUACCACAUUCUACAGCUACUACUUUUACGACUCUACCUCAAUCGCAGACUAGCGCCAACGAGCGAGCGCAUCUUGGUCAGGGUUGCGGCUAAUAACCUAACGAACAAACGACCAGGUUCGUGGAUUGCUAGGUCGGGCCAGACCAAACAGAGUCCUAGCUUUGCACCCCCCCCCCCCCAGCAUCUGCCCUGCAGAGAAAAAGCAAGCAUUGAGCCGGGUCUCGUCGAGAUUCCACGGCCCUAACCUAAAUCCUCGGGUCAAGCCCCUCAAAACGCUGCUGCACCUUUGCGCCACCAGAAAGCCUCCGCACUCUGGCUAGUCGGGACUGGUGUUUCGGCGAGAGCGCCCACACAACAAAGUCGAUACCUUCCAUGUCAGCAGGCGCUAGCCGCCUUGGUUAGCUCUGUCGCUGUCAGUUGUCACCCUAGACCUAGUUUCGCCCAUCCAUACCUCUACCUAUUGUAUUUCACCAACAUGGCUACCCGUGGUUAAGCCCCCUCAGAUCGAUCUACCUUUUCUGUACCUGUUCACCCACCUAUCUACCUCACCUAUUGCCUUGCCUCCUACCUACCUGGCCAUCUUGUCUGUUCGCCCAAACACAUCUCGACUUCAUCUCGUGCAGCGCCGUUCAAACCCGAGGCCCUGCGACUCGGCUUCCUUCCCGUCCGCUCGUCUGUUGCAUGAGACUCGACCCGGCGAAGCUGACCCGCCAUUGGAGGAUUAGCAUUCGGCCAAAGGACGGACCUUUAGCUCGCAGGACACGGGAACCGGCAGCACCAGAAAUAUAGGGGGAAAUCGGGACGCUGUAGUGGGAAUAGAGACUCGGCCUUCGCCGACAAAUAAUCCCUCUUCUGUCGCUCUCGAAUUAAGUCGGUUCAUGUUGCACUGAGCCCAAAUGGCUACCGCCAUCCAAACAGCGCAUCGAAGCCAUCACCUGGUAAACAUGCGAAGCAGCGAAAGCGACAACAUCCAGACCCGAACCAUACCGAUUCUCACCCCCACGAUUCAAAUGUCUGCCCCAUCCCCCGGCGACCCGAUGGACAUAUCGACUCCGACGAGCGCCUCCGCUCCCCAGUCGGCGAACAGGAGCCCCGAAAGCGAGCGCAAUGGCCUCACUGCGAGCAGCGGGGCGAAACUUGGUGCUGGGGAACAUAGAAGCAGUACCCCAAAGGCCGAGCAACAACAAACCACGAAUCCGGUGGCGAUGCCGGCCCCCGCAGCUGCUGCGGCUGCAGUACACCAACCUAAGAUUGUCCAGACUGCCUUCAUACACAAACUUUACAAUAUGCUGGAAGAUCCCAACAUCCAACACCUUAUCUCAUGGUCGCCAUCCCAGGAGAGCUUUCUCAUGUCGCCCUCAAAUGAUUUUUCCAAAGUCCUAGCCCAAUAUUUUAAACAUACAAAUAUCUCGUCGUUUGUCAGACAGUUGAAUAUGUACGGCUUUCAUAAAGUCAGCGACGUCUUCCACAACGGGUCGGAUUCGACGCUGUGGGAAUUCAAGCAUGGAAACAACAACUUCAAGAGGGGAGACAUCAUUGGCUUGCGAGAGAUCAAGCGCCGUGCCUCACGCCACGCCCUUGUGCACAAGGAGUACAACCAGCGGCCAACCCCUCCUCAACCCGGCACCCCAGCUGAACCAAUGCCAAUUCAGGAUGGGACCGACCCACGAAUCGCCAACAUGGAGAAUGCGCUCUAUGACUUGUCUAUGCGGCUGCAGCGUAGCGAAGAAAGCUCACACUACAUGCACAUCAAGCAACAAGCCGCCAUGGACACCAUGGGCCGGUUAUUACAGCUGAAUCAAGAGUUGGCCCGCACAGUCUUGACUUUGGUUCCUAACCCUGACAACCCGACACACCGAGAUGUCAUUGCUUUGCAAGGAAGCCUGCAGCGGCAGGCAGAGAUGAUCCGUACCUUGGAGGAACCGCACGAUCAGCCACUUUCAAGCGGCCGGCAUUACUUCUCACAGCUGGAAAACGCGCCAGUCUCCCCUAGACAGAUGCCCCAGGACGAUCCGCGCCGUGCGAAUUUGACCGUGCCACCGCACCGACCAUCAAACUACUAUCGACCCCAGGUCCCGUCAAACUUGUCUCUCAACACUCGGCGCCCAUACGGAUCCAUCGGUGGUGGCACACCCUCUCAGUCAUCGCCAUCCACAUUGCGACCACAGCCCCCGCCGCCCCCUGCACCCCAGCAGCAUCCUCAGCAUCCCUUGGCAAAUGUCGAGCUUCCGCCAAGUAGCUUAGCUCGACGACACACGUCGGCAGAUAUACGCGGUCACGGUUGGCCCGUUCCCCAAGCGUCCCCGUCUGCGUCUGGUCCACCUUCUGGACCGCCCUCGACUCAGUGGCCUUCAUCACCUAACCGCUCAGUGCCUACCGACGACCAACGUAUCAGGGACUCAUUUUCCACAUACUCGAUACAAAAUGCGACACCGCAGUCACACUCUAGGCCAGAGACACCACCACCUCCACCUUUUUCCAAUGGAGGCAGCGGCCUUGAUACUUUGACAAGCUGGACUUGGAACUCGGCCAGCAGUGGUAGAAGCGGGGGUCUGACGGUCAAAGACAGCUCAGCACCACCGACGAGGAGGGGAAGCAUGGCCCACAUACUUAACCCGACCGAUACCGCCGAGUCUCCCCACGAGGACAUGGAUGACCCCAGGGGCGACGAUGACAGGAAGCGCAAGCGACUGCAGUGACAAAAGAGCCAGAUGGAUCGCUGGGCUUAGUAGGCGACUAUAACCUUGUCGUUAUCGGACCUCGAAGGCAGGCAGGCAAUUUGCAAGCAUUUUUGCUGCGUCCCUGCGCGAUCGAUCAAGGAAUUCUUUGGUCAUGAUUCUGCACAUGACAUCAUUUUAUUUUCUACGUUUCUCACUGGGGGUUAACCAGCGAGCCUUUACUAUUUGCCUCUUUCCAAAUAACUACACCGUAUGAUCACUAUCUCUAUUAUUAUAUACACCAACCUAAAUGUAUUAUUUCCAUCCCUUUUUCUGUCCUUUGCUCGCAUAUUUUACUUUUUACGAACAUGUAACAUGUCAAAUUUCAGGCCGUGGGCCUCACAAGGAUGCCACACGGCAUCCGUAAUUUUGUUUCUCAGUCAUUUAUUUGAUAUCUCUGCGAUUGGGUAUCUCUCUGGAUCAUUUCACGUUAUGUCUGAGUUGAGGCGUUGAUUCUAUCCGGACGAUCCAAUUUACAGAUCAGGCAAAGGAGUGGUGGCAAUUUGUUGGAAAAGUCGUGUACUGGAUAGGAUUUUCCGCGGGCGUUUGCAUCAAGCAGCCGCCUUCAGUACUAAUACAGAUGGAGAUGCCAAAGUACCUGA